AUGUCAGAACGCAGAGAACGAAGGCAAAAAAGAGGAAGAAGAGAAAAAAGAAAAUAUUUGGUUACUGUAGAUCUGUCUCAACCAGAGAAAAACUCCCAGGCCAAUAAAGUAAGUCUAACAGAUGGAAAGGGUACGGGGUGGAAAUUCAAAUCUGUUCUAUUUGUCAUUUCUUUGCAAUGUGAAAUAUGUAUAGUUUAAUAUUACCCAAACAUCUCUCCAUUUUUAAAUAAUUUAUAAUAUCCUGCUGAAAUUAGUGAUCCCCACCGAUAAAGGCUUAAUCUAUUCUCCUAGUGCACACCAGAUAUUUAUUGUAUAGACAUCUAUGCCAAGAGAAUCAGGGGAACACUCCUACAAGCUCUGUAUCUGCUGUGAUUACUCCCAGAGAAAGCAUCUUGGACUUUGUUUGGGGAAUAUAACAUUGUAGCAUAUGGCUGUGCCCCACUUGGGGAUAUAUUAGACAGGGGUGAACAGCUAGAGAGAGUUAGGGAGUGUUGCAGUUGUGUAUAUCUUAUUUAGUAUUUCGGUGUAUCUCUGAUCAUUGUUAUCUAUUAUGUAUUUGUUACUUAAUGAUAUAAAGGAACACUUAUGUACUGUAGUGAUGAUGGUGCCAGAACUUCCCUGGCACUUUCCGAAAUGCCCUCCCAAUGCAAGUCAGCUGAUCACUUCCCUACUCCGUGGAUGCUCACCCAGAGUCCACUCCUUCAAAAAAUUAUUAAAAACCCACUUAAUAAAAGCGUAUCAAUUAAACUGUUAAUAGCUCCUGACUGAUUCCUCUUCUGCAACUGUCACUAGUCUAAUACUAUCCUUACCUUUUUUGUGUCAUUUUACCUGACUCCCUCGAGCAUGUAAGCUCAUUGAGCAGGGCCCUUAACCCCUCUGUUCCUGUGCGUCCAAUUUGUCUGGUUACAACUACAUGUCUGUUAGUCCACCCACUGUAAAACGCUGCAGAAUUUGUUGGCGCUAUAUAAAUAGUAACAUAAUAAUAAUAAUCACGCUCAGCCAUUGAGCUAAGCCCUGCAUUGCAGAGAGCAGUGCCUGCAGAUCCCAGGUAAGAAGUGAAACUAUAACUACUCACAUUGGGGAGGCUAUAGGGCACUCAUGGCACCAUAACCACUACAGCAUGGAGUGUUCCUUUAAAAUGUAAAUGUCAUGACAGGCUCAAUUUAAGUAAGCACCUUAAUUUUCUGAGUCAUUUCCUGUUUGAAGAGAGCUCUCCUGGGAAGUUGCAGACCGAGGGUUUUGCAAAAGUGUGAGUAUCUUAUUUUAUUGUUGUUAUUUUUAAUGUAUUUUUUUUUUUGUGUAUUUAUUUUAUUCAUUAAAUUAAAAAAUAAUGAGCCAACUUCAACCUGGUUUCUCAGUAGCUGGGGCCCUUAUGAGGUCUAGAAAGAUGCAUUGACAUCUUUCCUUGGUAUCACGACUUGGUGGAUACAAACUGUCAAGAAACCAAGUUGAUCUCCUGACCUGACCAACCCGUAAAGACAGUAGUGUCUCAAAAUGAGCAGAACCCUAGAGAACACCCACUUUAUUCCGUGUGGUCUAUUAGGAGGAGCAGUAACUAGACACUGAUCAUAUCCUGGCGCCCUUAUUUACUAUCACAAUGGAAGCAGAGGAAGGAGAUCUCUUCUUCUAAGACACAUCCAUAUCUCCGUCUUAUGCUGGCCACAUGGAAAUCUCUACUCAGAGUUCACUGUUAUCACUGUUACAGUCCAUUUAAACUAUAUGUAAUUAUUCACUGUAUGCAGGCAGUAAUCAACCAGUUUGCCAAUGGUCAUAUUUUCUCUAAAUUAAAAAGAUAACACAUUAUUUCCCUUUUUUGAUUACAGAAGAAAGGUACUAAGAAGAAGUUGAAGGUCAAGCGUACUCCCAAUGAAAAUAAUCCUUCUGCAUCCGCAGUGCGACCCCUUGUUGAGCCUCCUUGUGCCCCUGCCCAAAGUGUACCCUCUAGACGUGGCAAUGCAGAUUGGUGUAAAUGUGGCAAAUGUGUUGCCAUGCCAACGGAAAUGGAGUCAGUGUGUUGUAAAGAGAUCCCUAAAUGCAAUGAUCUGAUCCUGGAAGGGAUGUCCUGCAUUGUUGAUAAUAGUCGAUUUCACGUCCUGUGUCUGAGCGCAUGUGGAGCAAGUGUUCCACACACAAUUCUGGGAGACACUGAAAAUAUGCGAGAACGUGCAUAUUAUAACAGGUACGUAUAA